AUGGUUGUUUACGGUCCACAGCCAUUGACACGGCUAAAUACGGAAACUAGGCAUGGGUUUGAAGAGCAGUAUAGUAGUGAGAAGCUUUUGCAGUCGCUAGCUAAUAAUUUUAUAUUCUACUACGAUGAUAAGAGACAUAGAACCAAUGGUAAUCCAGUGCCUGAUGAAGUUAAAGAGGAGGAUAAGGAUGGAUAUUAUCAGCCGAUUUACGAUUGGAAGAUAGUUAAAGAUAGACAAAAGACGGUUGCAGCUGCAUUAUUGUUGUGUUUGAAUUUAGGAGUUGAUCCACCAGAUGUUACGAAGACGCAGCCAUGCGCUAGACUUGAGGCAUGGGUAGAUCCGUUGUCAUUUCAAGAUUCCAAGAAAGCAAUUGAGCAGAUAGGGAAGAAUCUACAGAGUCAAUAUGAAACACUUUCAUUAAGGACACGUUAUAAGCAGAGUUUAGAUCCGUGCGUGGAAGAUGUGAAGAGGUUCUGUAACUCGUUGAGAAGGGCUUCAAAGGAUGAACGGAUUCUUUUUCACUACAACGGCCACGGUGUGCCGCAGCCGACUCCUUCGGGAGAAAUAUGGGUAUUCAAUAGGGGAUACACCCAGUACAUUCCUGUUUCAUUGUAUGAUUUACAAACAUGGCUAGGAGCUCCUUGUAUAUAUGUGUGGGAUUGCAAUAGUGCUGGCAACAUUGUAUCCAACUUCAAGAAAUUUGUUCAAAAGAGAAUUAGAGAUGAUAAAGAAGGGAACCAUGAUGUGGCAUCUCCUUCUCCAACAGAAUCCUAUACGGAGUGUGUUCAGUUGGCUUCGUGUGAGAACAACGAGCUAUUGCCUAUGAACCCAGAACUACCAGCGGAUUUUUUCACUUGUUGUCUAACGAACCCUAUUGAAAUAUCUGUUAAAGUGUUCUUGAUGCAAUCGCCACUUAAGGACACUAAAUACGCGCCUUUCUUCCAGAACAACGACCCAAGAAGAAAGGAAACUGGAAUAAACGAAAUGCCGAACAUUACUAUUCCUGGUAAGCUCUCUGAGCGGAGAACCCCACUUGGUGAAUUAAACUGGAUUUUCACCGCUAUCACAGAUACAAUUGCAUGGACAUCUUUGCCCAGAGCCUUAUUCAAAAAGCUUUUCAGACACGAUUUAAUGGUUGCUGCCUUGUUCCGUAACUUUUUAUUGGCUAAAAGAAUUAUGCCAUGGUAUAACUGUCAUCCAGUUUCAGAUCCCGCAUUGCCGGAUUCAAUUGCUGAUCAUCCAAUGUGGAGAUCAUGGGAUCUAGCCAUCGAUGAAGUUUUAACAAAGUUACUAGAAGGAUCACACUCUAAUUCAACGAAUACCACUUUUGCAGAUACGCAGCUAUCCAAGGCACCUUCUGAUGUGAGUGAGAAUUUAGAUGGCAUGCCAAAUAAAUCGUCGUUAGGAAACUUAAGCUCUAUGUCGUUGGUGAACUAUAACCAGGCUUCUCAAAAUUCAGGUAACUCUACAUCAUAUCCAACAGCGGCCCAGCAACAACAACAGCAGUUCACGAAAUUCUUUGAGCAGAACUUAACGGCAUUUGACUUGUGGGUGAAAUAUGGUGCCAAUUCGAGACACCCUCCAGAGCAACUUCCAAUUGUACUACAAGUCUUGUUAUCUCAGGUUCAUCGUGUAAGAACUUUGGUUUUGCUUUCCAGAUUUCUUGACCUUGGGCCCUGGGCUGUAUACUUAUCUUUGUCAAUUGGAAUAUUCCCGUAUGUUUCAAAACUGCUACAAAGUCCAGCUCAUGAAUUAAAACCUAUACUAGUCUUCAUUUGGGCCAGAAUACUAUCUAUUGAUUACAAAAAUACGCAAACAGAACUCAUCAAGGAACGUGGAUAUCAGUACUUUGUUAAAAUGCUUGUCCCGGAGUUUGGUGUUCCAAGAGCACAAAGUAUUAGUAGCAAUGGAAGUCCUCUAACUAUGAAUGUACCAGCUAGUUCCACUACUCAACGGUAUCAGAUGUACCAACAUCAACAACAGCAAGCGUACAAUAAUGCCACACUACUGUCUAAUAAUAAUACGACCGAUGAACAAAAGGCAAUGGCAGCCUUUGUCCUUUCUUGCUUUGUCCGUGAUUUCCCUCUUGGUCAAAGGCACUGCUUUAGUAUUGAACUUGUGAACAAACUAUGCUUCUUCAUUGAGAAUUCCGAGGUUCCACUUCUACGCCAGUGGUGCAUUAUACUCAUUGGUCAACUAUUCAUUCAUAACCCAUUGCAUAAAACCUUGUGUCUAGAAAAUGAGAACAUGAACACCGUUGUAGAAUCCCUAAAAGACCCAAUUCCAGAAAUUCGAUGCGCUGCAUUACUAGCAAUCAAGUACUUCCUUUCGGAAGAGGAUGACGUCAAUAUCAUUCUAAAACUUCAACAGGAAUUCCAACAACAAAUUCAACAGUUCCAAGCUCAAUUACAACUUCUUCAAUCACAGCAGAAUCAACAACAGCAGCAGGGUAAUCAACAAAACAAUACUUCACAUAUUCAACAGCAAUACUACCAGAUUCAACAACAACUGCAAAAUGUACAAACUUCUAUUACUCAGCUACAAAGCAUCAAUUUACGCAAUCUCAAACAAUAUGAAAUCAAAACUAUUGUAACUACGCUUUCGUUAGUUAAUGAUGGAAGCCCAAUUGUUCGGAAAGAGUUGAUUAUUUUCCUAUCCCAAGUAGUAGAGAGAUACAUUGACUUCUUUACUAUCAUCGCCUUUACUGAAAUAAGUUCUGAAAUUGCAUCAUUGGAAUCAAAUGGGCACGAAGACGAUGUAAGAAAUGUAUCAUCUGUGGGUCACGGCUCUAUAUUCAACACCGUUUGGAAGGCGCUCUUGAUUCUUUCUGAGGAUCCUUUCCCUGAAAAUAAGGAUCUAGCCCAGGAUGUCAUCGACUACAUUCUUUUAAAACUUAAUGAACAUCCUAAACUAGGUGAAAUAAUUAAGGAAAUGGAACAAUACAUAUUGAGCAAAAAUGCGGUCAAUUCUAAGGGUUUGGUAUCGUCAAAUAAACUACCAACUAUCAGAAGGCCAGCAAGCCUGAACAACAACAAAAAGGAUAGCGUUAGAAAUGAAUCGCCAAAUGAUCGCCGUGUAUUUUCUAUGAGUACAUUAUUCAAAGCUUUAGGCUUCUCCCAUGAACAAGAAUCUUACUCUGACAAUGAAAGUAUACGUAGUUCGGGUGGAAGGGCAGCUCAAGGGUUAUCUUUGAUGGGUAUUGAAUAUGGUACAAACCCAAGGGCUUUCCCUAUGAUGUAUAAAAAAAGGGAUACCGAGGUUAAGCUUCCUUUAGAGAGCCGUUUCCUUGAUUACUGCAGUGAAUACUUCCAAGAGCCACAGAUGAAAAAACAUGAGGUUGAUGAACCAGGAAGUAUCGAGUACACUGCUCGUGAAUGGAAGAGGAAUCGGAAUGAAUCAAUCAUCCAGGAAACACAAUCUGAAAAAGAAUUGGCACUCUAUGGAGAUUGGUCGCGUAAAACCGUCACUUUUGAUAACAAGACGCAACCUAAGAUUCUUCUUUUCACUCAAUUUGACAAUUACGUUACAGCAAGUGAUGAUAGGGAUAAUGUCACAGUUUAUGAUUGGUCUACUCAAGAAAAGUUGGCAAGGUUCUCAAAUGGUAAUCCAUUUGGGACUAAGAUUACAGAUAUGAAAUUCUUGAAUGAUGAUGAUACUCCGUUGUUGUUAACGGGUUCAUCUGACGGUGUUGUGAAUAUCUAUAAAGAUUUCUACGAUAUGGAAAAGCUUCACAUGAUCUCUUCUUGGAGAGGGUUAACAGAUCUUCUAUUAACACCAAGAUCAACAGGUCUCUUAACGGAGUGGCAACAAAGUCGUGGAUCCUUAUUAGUUACAGGUGAUGUCAAAAUCAUUCGUAUAUGGGAUGCUCUGACCGAAUCUAUUGAAGUUGAUAUUCCAGCAAAGUCAAGUGCAUUAAUUACAUCCUUAACUUCAGAUCAACUCACGGGUAAUAUAUUCGUAGCUGGAUAUUCUGACGGGUCGAUAAGAGUCUAUGAUAGACGUAUGGAUCCAAGAGACUCGAUGAUUAGAUUGUGGAAAACGGCCAAACGUGGCACCAGUCCAGUGGGAUCUUGGGUCAAUAACAUUCACCUCCAAAGAGGUGGGUAUCGUGAAUUGGUCAGUGGUACAAACAAUGGGGUAGUGUCAUUAUGGGAUAUUCGUAACGAUCAGCCAGUGUGUAAUUUCACUGAUGAAGGUGAACCUGGCAAAAAAUCGGGGAGCACGAUGACAAGCAUGCAAGUUCAUGAGCAUGCUCCAGUUAUAGCUACUGGUACGAAGGAAAUCAAAAUCUGGACCACAUCUGGUGAUUUGUUACGAACAUUCAAGAACCAUGGUUAUGGUCAUUCGAACACAAUUAGUGGUAUGGCAUCUGGUACGCGUUCCUCGCCAUUCAUUUCUGCGCUUACGUUCCAUCCACAUCGCAUGAUGCUAGCAGCUAACAACUCUCAUGAUACGACAUUCAAUAUUUAUGAAUGCUACGAUAGUAGAAGAGAGUACAUGUAUUACUAA